UCUCAAUCAUUAACAUUACACAGAAUUGGGUUCAUAUUCUCAGUUCAUAUUUAGUUUUAAUAGUUUGGCAACGUAUAUAGCGCCAUAUACAGGUCUUGUUUCCAAAGAUGUCUGAUGAUCCGCAAUUAGACCUUUUGAACCACAAGCUGCAACUUCAGCAGGUCGACGCAGCUCUCGAGCUAGAUCCAGAAAACGGGGAACUUCUACAGCUCAAACGAGAUCUCGAGGAAGUCAUCAAACUCUCACUUGAAUUAUUGGGCAGGACAUCUGAUACACCAGAAGUAUCGUGGAAUGUUGGCGAUCAGUGCAUGGCCAUGUGCUCCCGUGACAAACUUUACUACCGAGCUACAAUACUUGAAUUUCUUGGGGAUGUAAGCUGCGUUGUUAAUUUCGAUAUGUACGAUACAACGGACGUAUGCCAGGUGUGUUCUUGCUACCUUUUUAUAUAUUUGCUGUAUCUGUCCACUUGGUAGGCUUACUAAGAUAGCUUUUAAGUUUGUCUGAAGUAGAGAACUGAUCUUUGCUCAGCAACUGUAGCAGCUAUAUAAUUAUAAGCACUUUAUGGGACUUUAGUUUUUCAUAUUUCUUAUGAAAAAUCUUAAUAAAACCUGUCUACGUGAUUAGGUCUUCGUUUUAGCUAGAAAAUGCCUAUUUAAAGAUUGGUUUGUCCUAACUGUCUUACCAUUUGCGGCUGCCGUUAAAUUUUUGUAUACAUUCAAGCACGAGACGUAUGGUACUUUGAAGCCGUCCGCUUGAUAAUUGGGAUGACAACAGUCAACGGUUCGUGGGGAAAUUAAUCGUGAGUGAAUAUUUUGGUUUAAACAAACCUGAGAUGUCUGUUUAUAUACAAUACUCGAUGUCUAUACAUCAUGUUCAUCGCAAGCAUGUUUCUUUUGCAGCUGUGUCACUUGAAGCCGGUCACGACAGUUACUCCUAUUGUAAAGAAGAAAAAGUAAGUUCCUACAUUUCUCCAAUUGAAUCUGCAGACAUGACACGAAAUCUCGUGCUAUAGAAAAGAAGAAGAUUAAAAAACAACGUCUUCUUCAAAGGGAAGUUGAGAUUGAGUCGUUUUGCGAAAAGGAGAAAAACCGUUGGCUUAAUUUCAGCAAGAAAAUGAUUAAAACUGGAAAGACAAAGAAAAGUAUCUUCGCCUCUCCUGAAGCCCUGGACGGUCGUGUAGGUGUUGGGACGUGUGGUAUAGGUGGCAAACCAAUGACCAAGUUUACCGUGUUAAAUAACAGCAGCAAAAAACAGUAAAUAUUUCUCUCACCUUGUACAUAUUGUAAAUAUACAUUAAAACUUUGCUCUAUUAAAUAGUGCCCAGUCAAGUAGUCUUGCUUAUAAUUUAUGUACUAGCUUCAUCUUAUUGACUGGGUUGAGUUAGUCUGCAUCAGUAUGUACCAUAGAUAAGUUAAGAACAAACAGAAGUAAUGGUUGGCAUGGCUAUGUACUUGAAUCAGUACGAGGGUUAAUAACACUACACAGUCUUCUAAAGUAAUUUCAAGCUCAAGAACAUGUUCUCACCACCCUGUGAGUAGUAAGGAUUUUCAAAGUAGCAUCUAAGUAAGUUGCAAAUGGAAUUGGAUGUACUUAGUGACUUAAGAUACGUAGUGAUCGAUAUGUAAUUACCUGUUCUGUAUACAUUAAUUCCUAUAGCUCAGAUGUACUUCUGAAUUUCAUAUUCUAUAUGAUUUUGUCAGUGUAGGUUCGAAUAUAACUCAAAUGUGCUGCUCUACUCUCAUGAUAUCGGAUUUUGAGCCAUCGCGUGAAUUAUGAACUAGAUGUAGUGUUUGAAUGAUAAAGUAAUGCUUAGAGAAAAUCAUUCACCUUUAGCGAACGUUAAUCAGCUGAGACGUGGUACUCACUAAUUAAAUGUGGCGAAAAAAAUGGGUGAGUCUAAACUACCACUCGUUUAGCCGUUUAGUAAACACGUGAGCAAAGGAUAACCGUCUAGAUCCUAAGAGUGUCAGUGGUACAAUAAUACUAUCAUGUUUGUACUCAGAUGUGUGCGUUAUUGGAGCCCUCGAAAAUUUCUUUUGUAAUUCACAAUGCGGUCGAAUAAUAAUUUACACUGUGAUUUUAAGGGGUUCAUUGCCUGUAUAUGUGGGCACUUCGUAUUGAUGAAAAUAGUUAAGCAGCACUCAGAAACAAGUCAUCCACACAAUGUUGGAUGGAGCAAACCGGUAGCUUUUACACCCCGUAAGUUGCAUGGUACUAGAUCUGGUGGAGUAUAUGUGCUCCUUAAAUUUCGGCCUUCUUAACUGAUCACCAAGUCGCUUGGAGUGCAGCACAUUACAUAUGAUUAAUCUGAUCACGUUCUUGUGAAUUCUAUACUACUUUAGGCUAAAAGCUCUGUGUUAAGGUCACUGCUAGACAAAAUAUGUUUUGAAUACAUAAGCGAAAUUAUAUAGCACACCUCGAGCAGCACAUUAUUUAAUGUGGACGAUUUAUGGUACUAGCCGUAAUUCAACUUCGCGUGUUGACUGGGAGCGGCAAACCAUCUAUGCAGUUAUUCGAUUGAGUGGUGUUAGCUUGUGAGAUCUUAUCAAGGGGGUUCCGGGAUUUGAAAACCAGAGUUAAUUAAGGUCACCACUGACCGCGUUCUUUAAAAGCAACUGAAUUUGGAACAGUUGGAUGGUAAUCCGGAGCUUUAGAGCACAUGUAGGAAGAGAAUCCAGUUAGUUUCCUAAGUGUUUGGAUAAUAAACAUGGAUUACUCAUACUAAGAGCGCUGGUAAGUUUUGAAGCCCUUCGGUAUCGAUGUGUUUAAAUAAUGAAAGAUGGCGUUUUUGUACGUUAUGACUAGUUCGUCAUCCUGCAGUAGCUUGAUUGGGUAGUCGGUAACAAAGAAUUAUCUGAGUCCGGUUUAACCUAUCUUCAUUUCGUUAUUAAUCGGAAUAUUCCCAGUGUUCUGUUGGACCGCUCUCUGAACACGACAUCCAGUUGAAAUAAACAACGUUACGUAAACUUCAUAAGGCCCAAAGCUACUCCCAAGACGUUAAGGUUAUGUAGGUUGAAGGGAUCGCUAAUAAAUAUUCAAACGACUGUAUACUAACUGGAUAAGAUGACCAUACAAUUCCGUUUGUCAGGAGUGCUACCGCUUCGAGACGUGUGUGUACUUUGUUACAUCAGGAUAUACUAGAGAGAACGAUAGGAUACUAGUGUUUCAAAUUGUACAGACUAACUUUAUAAAAGUGGUAGCUUGUCGAAUGGCAUUUCUAGUUUUUUCGAAGAACUGUAAGAAAACUCUUCAUUAGCAUGGUAAGUCAGGAAAUACUAUAACACGAAUUCCCGACAUGGAUGUUGUUUUUGAUAAGCCCAUUACCUGAUUCAUCAAGUGUAGCGAAAUAAAUCUGUCAUGCGAUUAUUUGUGUAUGCUACGCCCAAUCUUUACUUCUCCAAGCAGACACUACGCUACGGAAUGUGCUGUUCUGCGGUGACACUCAGUAGACUGCUGCCCAUACUUUUCAUUUAAAAUUUCGAACUAGGCUUUUUAAGCUCCCUUAGGUAGACAAUGAUUUCGUUUAAGUAUCAGAUUUAAGUUAUUUGGUUAUUGUUUCUGUAGAAAAAUAUUCUUGGUCCAGUGAGAGACGAAUAAUGAGUGACUUAUGGAAUCGGGAAAAGCCUAGAUGAUUAGAACACUGAAGCGUACCACCAAUAUAAGAAUUCAACAAUAGUUUAUGUGGUGUAGAUAACUAUAUUUAAUGUCCUGAGAGCUAAAGAUAUUACAAUUUUCCUAUUUAAAGUAUCUGUCUGUCAAUCUAUAAACUACUCGAAUCUUUAAUACCGUAUUAAUGCACUGUCAUUUAUGCCACCUCAACAGCUGGCCUAACAUUAAAUUCACAGAAACCAUGGAAAACUAAGGUGUUGCAUUACAUUUUCACAUCCUAUAUUGUUCGAGUUAAUCGAAUUCACGAUUUCAGAUACCACAGAACGAUAUUUGAAUUAUUUAUACUGAUUUACUAGAAAUCAUAUCAGUUUGCAACCAAAUGACAAGUAACUCGGAGCAUGAAAGUUAGGAAUAUACAUUGAAUGAUAUGAUUACAAAUGAAUGUAGUUUCAACUUUCAGAAGGGAUUGUUGCGAUUGCAUACAAGUUCACGCUUUCCUUUUUCACACU